UUGACAUGUUUAAUUCUUGACACCUCAAUAACUAUACUUAUGCCUCCUUUUGUACUAAGAUUUAGCACAACAAGUAUGUACAAACAGAAGACAUCUACUGUUACAGCAUACUUUACACAACGUAAAUAAGUAAACUAUAAGGUUUCCCUUCAUGCACAAUAUCGUUUAUUUUUUCAGGCUCUUCGGACUAGUCAUGGCUGACUGGAGUCUACUCGGGAACUUUCUAGAAGAAGUCCAGGAACAUUCCACCUCGGUGGGAAAGGUGUGGCUCACCAUUCUUUUCAUCUUCCGGAUCCUGGUCCUGGGCACGGCCGCAGAGUCCUCGUGGGGCGACGAGCAGGAAGACUUCACCUGCGACACGGAGCAGCCCGGCUGUGAGAACGUUUGUUACGAUCGAGCCUUCCCCAUCGCGCAUAUCCGCUUCUGGGUGCUCCAGAUUGUGUUCGUGUCCACACCUUCUCUCAUCUACAUGGGACAUGCGAUGCACAUUGUCCGCAGAGAGGAGAAGAGGAGGAAAGAGCAGGAAGAAGAAGGAGCGCAAGGAGACCGAGAUGGAGAGAAGUACCCAGAGGAAGACAAGAACUGUGGGAAGGAGGACGAAGGUGGAGGUGGGAAGGUGCAAUUGAAGGGAGCUUUGCUACAAACAUACGUACUCAGCAUCCUCAUCCGCUCUGUAAUGGAAGUGAUCUUCAUCAUAGUCCAGUACAUGAUCUAUGGAGUCUUCCUCAAUGCGCUCUACGUGUGUAAGGCCUCACCGUGUCCGCAUCCGGUCAACUGCUACAUCUCGAGACCUACGGAGAAGAACGUGUUUAUUGUGUUUAUGCUGGUGGUAGGGGCUGUAUCGCUGCUGCUAAGUAUCGUAGAACUGUAUCAUUUGGCGUGGAAGCAGUUUAAGGGUUGUUUGCAAGGAUACAAGGCUUCCAAACAGCGACCGAAUACACCUUCAACCGUGGCUGCAGUCUCACCAAACCAGUCCACACCCAACCGAGCCUGCACUCCACCUCCCGACUUCAACCAGUGCUUGACAUCUCCAUCAUCUUCCCCUACUAUACAGACACACGCACACUCGCUUUUACACCCAACCUGCCCGCCUUUUCACGACCGGCUGGAGCACCAGCAAAACUCAGUGAACAUGGUCACUGAACGCCAUCGAGGUCAAGACUACCUGGGGGUCAACUUCUUGAGCUUCUCGCAUACACCUACAGAGACGCCCAACUCUUGCGCCUCGCCUUCGUUUCUAAGCAGUGAUUUUGUUGAGGACAAGCGAAGGUUUAGUAAGAGCAGCGGGACCAGCAGCCGCAUGAGACCGGACGACCUUGCGGUAUAGCACUGACCGGUCACAUCUGGAAAAGGGUCGUCUAGUGCGACUAAUCAGAAAUAUGCAAUAUGAUUUUGCACUUGACCUAACAUAUUUACUUUAUUGCUGUCUGAUAGACUGAGCCAGAAAAUUCACAGAUGCACAAAUGUGAGUGAGUGAUGCAUAAGGAAAACCAUUCAAUAAAUAUAUUCGUUUACAUGAAAUCAAAAUUUAGAAACUUCUCACACUCUGAAAAUCCUUUUGUCACUUUGCAUUUGGACAAAUGCAUUGGAAACAAAAUCUACACCACAGUUUCA